ACUCGUGCUUCUCGUAGGUUCACUCGUUUGUUUUGGUUUUCGAUCCCUCAACACUUGGUAUUUGGUGUCAGGGCCAAUACAAACACGAGUCCUCUUCCUCUGUACUCUGUUUAUUGCAUCUGACAAGACAAACAAAUAUGGACAACAAAAGCUCCCACCCAACAAAAGAAGUUGUUAAUCUCAAACAGCUUCCUCCAAUCGAUCCAUUUCGAGUCAUGAACUUCUCAUCCAAGGGUAAGUGGAACAAUUAUAGGAAAAGAGCUGCUGCUAAAUUCUUAAAGCCGAGCCCCAAUCAAGGAAUGAAGGUGGUUGAUUCUGAUGAAGGCAUCGUUAAAAAUCCCACUUCGGGAAGCUUUGUCGUUGAGGACGAAUCUUCAACUUCAUCUAACAAAACCAAUGAGAUCUGUGGGAACAAAACCUCUCCGACUCACACAGACUCUGCACAUGAAGGUAUGAAGAAAGGAUCUGCUAGGUCAAAUUUGUACGAGACUUGUGCUGCAAACCAUUGGAAGCCCCCAAUAUUUGAAUGUUACAAAGAGGAAGGCCCAAGUCAUCAAAGAAUGUUCACCUUCAAGGUUAUUAUUGAGCUAGAAGAAGCAUCAAGAAACAUUAUAGAGUGCUAUGGUGCCCCUCAACGAAAAAAGAAAACAGCAGCUGACCAUGCAGCCGAGGGAGCAUUGUGGUAUUUAAAGUAUUUAGGUUGUGUUAUGAAGAACCAAUAAAAAAAUUAUUUAUUCGAUAUCAUCAAUGUAAAGAAUCUUGAGAUACACCACCCCAAAAGCUAGCUCAAAGGGUGAGAGUGCCCAAGGCCUUAUAUAAACUCCAUAUUAGUUGCACAUACAACCAAUGUGUGACUAUAUAUCUCAACACGCCCCCUCACACAAGAGCUCAUUGGGCUUGAAGAGUGGACAAUGUAAUAGGCCCAGCCUACUACCUGUGCUAAGAAACGCCACAAGAGAAAGUGGGGGCGGCGAGGCUCUGAUACCAUGUAAAGAACCUUGGGAUACACCACCCCAAAAGUUAGCUCAAAGGGUGGGAGUGCCCAAGGCUUUAUAUAAACUCCAUAUUAGUUGCACAUACAACUAACGUGGGACUAUAUAUCUCAACAAUCAACAGCCAAAGAUUCCACUGCAACCAAAUAUAUUUCAUUCCUCAAUAAUGCUCUCUAGACUUGGUUGCCAAUGUUCAAAAGACCACAUUUUCUUAAAAGGGCCUCUUAACCCAUUUCCGGUCAUAUCUUGUAUCCUCUUCCUGGUUGGUGUAUUGCUAUAACUAAGGUCAGUGUUGCUUGAAGAUGUUCUUGUUUCUCUUGUCAUAUCAGUAACAUUUGCUUUAGUCAGAACUCCAUUAAGCAGGCUCCCAAAGCAAUCAUCAUAUGAUAAACCAGCGUUCUUAUCACUAACAUUUAGACUCAAAUAUCUUACAUCCGAUCUGGUUUCUGAUUUCUUGCUCUUAUUAUUUGAAUGUUGCUUGUAGUUAUUAGAUUGCUUUGUAAUGCUUUUAUUCCUGAAGAGAAAACAAGUGGAGAUCAUACCAUCAUCUUCCUCAGCUUUGCCGGAUUGUAAGUUUCUAAUUCCAUCAACUGAAGAACUCAUUGUAAUUUCGCGAGCAGGAGAAGGAGAAUGCCUUGGAGAAAGCCUUUGAAGCUUUCUUAUUGUUCCCAUUGGUACUACAUAAAACUUUUGUCCAAGCAUGAGCACUGUGUCUGGUUCAACAAUUGCCCAUGGUUGCUGGAAUACAUGUGGAUACGCGA